CUCUCUCUCCGCACCCAGAGCGCUGUUCUGCUGACUCAGUGCCUUACGGCGGUCCUGUUUCUCCACACCGACCACCAGGACGCACGCAGCACCCGCACGGCUCCACCUGCGACCAUGGCUAAGACCGCAAUCGCUUACAAAGAGAAGAUGAAGGAGCUGUCCCUCGUCUCCCUCAUCUGCUCCUGCUUUUACCCAGAGGCCCACAAUAAGAUGAUGGGCGAAUUUGAAGACAUGAAGGUCAAGCCCAUUAACAAGCGGGCCUCUGGCCAGGCCUUCGAAGUGAUCCUGAAACCUCCUUCCCCCACGUCGGAUGGAGGCUACAGCAUCACCUCUCCUCCCAAGAAGGAGGUUUCUCUGGAAAACAUUCAGAAGAAGCUGGAGGCUGCUGAGGACCGAAGGAGGUCUCAGGAGGCCCAGGUGCUAAAGGCUCUGGCUGAGAAGCGUGAGCACGAGCGGGAUGUGCUGCUGAAAGCCAUGGAGGAGAACAGCAACUUCAGCAAAAUGGCAGAGGAGAAGCUCACCUCGAAGAUGGAGCACAACACGAAGAACCGCGAGGCUCUGCUGUUGGCCAUGCUCGAGCGCCUGCAGGAGAAGGAGAAGCAUGCCGAGGUGGUGCGCAGGAACAAAGAGCUGCGGGAAGAGUUGACAGCAUGAGCAUCUCUUCACCUCUACUGCACCCUCUCCCACCCUCUAAACCCCCUUCUCAAACUCCGCCCCCAGUCCGCCUGACCACCCGCCCCAUGUAGAGAAAAAGUCUCAGACACCCCGCCCCACCCCGAGGGAGAAGGAUGCCCCUUCCCCAACCAGACAACCAACCCACCCACCCCACCCACGCACCGACACCACCCCUCCCCCCACCCUUACCCUUCAAAAAAAAAGAGAAAAACCAGAAGUAUCAUGCAUCCCACUGCUCCCUAAACAAGAAUGUUUUUGCUUGAAAUUUGAAACAAAUCCAGUGAAAGUGGGUAUUGAUUUUUUUGUAAAUACUUCCUUUUUUGUUAUAUAUGAGACUACAAAAGUAUUGCAGUGUGCCAUUUUAUAGUUUUCUCUUUCUAUCUGUCUCUCUCUCUCUCUCUUUCUUUCUGUAUUAAUGGAUGUAAUUCAUUUCCUCUCUCUCUUUCUCUCUCUGGAAUCUGCUGCAGUUUCUCUUGUACCAGGCUUCAGUGUUUGUGAGUUUGCCAGCUAGCUGACGUUUCGCAGUUUCACCUCUUUUCAACCCCAGUGGCCAUGUCCGUAUCUGUGUCCGUGUGGAGAGUGUAGGACGUCCCUGCUCACACUCACACACACACAUACACACACAUCCUGACUCUUGUGAGAGGUAGAUCACACAGGAGAUUCAUAUAUAUGAGCCAGCUCUGGCGGUCAGUCUAUCUGGUCUUUUAUCUCUUUCCGUACAUACACACGCUGCACUGUUCAUUAAUGGACAUGCACACACACAACCUAUACAUGCCCAUACACACCCCACAUCAACACACACAUACAUACACACACACAUUUUUAAUGUUUUAGCAAACAUGACAUAUCGCUCAGGAGGGGCUUGCUAAAUCUUCAGUUUCAACUUUGCCUUUGUUACAUUUUGACAUCUUUGUGCCUCGCGGUCACUUUUGUGCCCAGUUAGUGUAGAUCGGUCUGUGUCUUCUUUGCAUUUCCAUAGAAGAUAAUAGAGGGAAAGAGGUAGAACGCAUUUAUUUGUGGUUCUCUUUUUAGUAUAACAUCAAAGUGUAGUAGAAAGAUAAGUAGAAAGUAAUGUCGAAACGAAGGCGUCCUUUAACCAAGCACAACAGGACCUGCCAGUUACCAAACAUGGCAAAGGGAAAGAGAUGGAAAUAACUCGCAGGCAGACGGGCACCAUAGGGCACAAAGGAGAACAGGAAAUAAAAAAACAAACAGUGGCUUCACCGUCUCCAUCCAUCCGUACGUAGGUGCAAGUGUGGCUGUGUACAAGUGUGUGUGUGUGUGUGUGUGUCCGAAGUGUUGUGGGAGUGAACCAUUACUCUUGGUGCAGGUGGAGAACCCAGUAUCACACACCCUCCUUCUGCAUCCUCCUCUUCUCCUGUUUGUGCGCUUUCUUCCCCUAACACAUAUAUCUUUGUGAGCAAGCUGUGGUGAAUAAAGGUUUGGGGUUCUGUGAAUGAGA